CUCGCAUCAAACCCUAAACCCCGCGUAUUUUUGCCUCUCUUCAUCCCCUUAAUCCGAGCCCCAACAAUGGCGGCAGCUUCUCUUGACGCACAGAAGGCCAAGGAAGUUCUACGCCAGGUGGAGUUCUAUUUCAGUGAUAGCACUCCGCGGGACAACUUCUUGAAGAAGGCCGUGCAGGAGAGUGAGGAUGGAUUGGUGAGCUUGGCCUUGAUCUGCUCGUUUGCACGGAUGAGGAAUCACCUUGGCUUGGGGAAUGUAAAGCCGGAGGAGGUGCCGGAGGAGACUGUGCAAGCCGUUGCUGAGACUUUGAGGAAGUCUGUUGCUUUGAAAGUAUCGGAGGAUGGGAAGAAGAUAGGCAGAAGUACUGAAUUGUUGAAGCCAGAAGAGGUCAUAGAGCAAGUAGAUUCUAGAACAAUUGCUGUAUCCCCUUUACCUUAUGAUGUUAAGCUUGAAGAUGUUGAGGCUUUCUUUGGAAAACUAGCAAAGAUAAACAGUGUCAGGCUGCCUCGUCAUGUCUCUGAAAAAAAGCAUUUCUGUGGCACUGCUUUGGUUGAAUUUUCUGUGGAAGAAGAUGCCAAGAAGGUUUUAGAGGACAACUUAGUUUAUGCUGGCAUAGAGCUAGAGAUAAAACCCAAAAAGGAAUUUGAUGCUGUAAGGGAAAAGCAGCAAGAGGAAUAUGAACAAUCAAGGUCUCUUAAGAAGGAUGGUUCAGAUGGAAGCUAUCCUAAAGGUUUAAUUGUUGCAUUUAAGUUGAAGAGUAUUCCUGGUGAAGGUUCUACUGAAGAAAAUUGUCAGGAGAAGGCUAAUGAAAGUGUAGAGGUCCCUGAAAGAGAAACUGAGAAUGUCACUGCAAGUGCAACAGCUGAGGGUGAACCGAUGGCAUCUCACUCUUUGGAAGAUGCUGAAAAAAAUGUAGAAAAAGAUGGUAACUUACAGGAUUCUGAAAAUAAGGCAACAAAUGACGCUUCUAUGGAAAAUGAAGAUGAGGUUGGAAAGGAAGAGGACAAGAAGAAUUCAACAACUGUUAACAAGGAGAAUAUUGUGACACGUGAGGAUUUAAAGAAAUCUUUAAUAGAUUUGGAACUGUCAAAGGUAAAGUGGGAGGCUGAGGAAUACUGGGACUUGCUCGAAAUCAGGAAGAGGUUUAGGGAAACAAAAGGCGGCAGGGAAGGUGUGACUAUUACUUCUCGAGCAGUUCCAUUUUAUUUGACUUUCAUGUUUCAACAAUCUCAAUCAAGGCUAAUGCUGAACUCUACCAUGUUCAGUUGA